GGUAAAUGUGUUUCUGAAGUGGAAGUAGGUGAACGGAAGGGAAUGUGACUUCGAUUUAAUCGUCUGUAUAAAUUAAAGUGGUGGGAGUAGCAGAAGGAGGAAGUUUAAUAUUUUGCUGAUUUAAUUAAUUUGUUUGGAGCAGUAUAAUGGCUGAUGACGAAUUUGAUGGUGACGAUGGUGGAGAUGAUUUUGAUGAUGUCGUGGACGAGGAUGAAAACAUUGAUGAAAUCGAUCAGCAAGAGGAUGAAGGAGAAAAUAUCGACAUCCUGGCAGCCGGGGACGCCCGAGGUGGGGUUCAGAAGUCAAAGAGGAUCACCACUCGAUACAUGACCAAGUACGAGAGAGCCCGCGUGCUUGGAACAAGAGCCCUGCAAAUUGCGAUGUGUGCGCCAGUGAUGGUUGAAUUGGAGGGAGAGACGGACCCCCUUCAGAUCGCCAUGAAGGAGUUGAAGCAGCGUAAAAUUCCCAUAAUAAUUAGGCGUUACUUACCGGACAACAGUUACGAGGACUGGGGGAUAGACGAGUUGAUAAUUAUAGACCACUGACAUCUCCUUUGUGGUUUUUCAUGUCACGCAUUUGGGACAUUUUCUGUCCUGCGAGCUGUUUCUUUUUUAUUUUACUUAUGUAAUAUUGACAUUUGUGUAAUAUCAAUAUUAAAUGUUUGACUCGUCA